UGGCUGUAAGCUGUGUUUGGAAAAGACAAAAUGGGCAAAUGUUGUAGUUUUUACGUAUAAUUUGCUCUCUUAGCUCGUAUUUAUUCGAUUUCUAAUGGAGCAUGGCUUCGUUGACUGUCACUGUCACAUAUCAGCCCGCGAGUUUGAAGAAGAUCUGGAGGAUGUGAUCCAGAGGACCACAGAGGCUGGGGUCAAGACUCUGGUUGCAGUAACAGAAGAAGUCAGAGAGUUUGACAGAGUUCUGCAGCUGCAGGAACGUUAUCCAGCUCUGCUGGCUCCGUGUCUGGGCCUCCACCCGCUGCAGCGCGGCCCGGACGGAGAGCAGCGCAGCGUGACGCCAAAGGACCUGGAGGACGCCCUGCCACUGUUCUACAAACACAGAGAACGCCUCGUCGCUGUUGGAGAAAUCGGUCUGGACUUCACCCCGUGGUUCUGUCCCUCUCAGCAGGACAGACAGCAGCAGCUGGAGGUCUUCACCAGGCAGCUGGACGUCUCCAAAGAGCUGCAGCUUCCUGUCAACGUUCAUUCACGAUCAGCUGCUAAAGUCACCAUCCAGACCAUGAGAGAACAAGGUAUCAGUGCAGCUCUGCUUCAUAACUUUGCGGGGAAGCCGUCUGUCGCUCUGGAAGGAGUGAAGGCUGGUUACUUCUUCUCCUUCCCUCCUGCUGUCUGCAGGAACCAACAGAGAGACAAACUGAUCAAGCAGAUCCCUCUGGAACACAUCUGUCUAGAAACCGACUCUCCUGCUCUGGGACUCGACAGGCAUGUUCGUAACGAGCCGUCUAACAUCCUUCUGUCCUGCCGUCACAUCGCUGACGUCAAAGGUCUGUCGACUCAAACCGUCCAGCUCGUCACCACGCAGAACGCUCUCAGACUUUUCCCCAAAGCUCAAGUUAACUGAGCUGAUGCUGACAGGCAGGACGCAGGUUUAGCCUGAAGGAGGCGCCAGAGGCAACUUAAAAUCGGAAAGUUUGUCUUCUGUGUUUGGAAGGAAAUAUAUCCUAGUUUGUAGGAUUUCUUAAGAAAAACUUUUGCAGCGUGGUUCAUAUCAAAACAUGACCGGUCGCUAUUUUAAACACAUAUUUAACGUUGUGAAAUGAUGCUACUUGGUUAUGUUUAGGCACCAAAACGACCUGGUUAAGAUUAGGAAAACUUACGUGGGUGUUAUGCACAAAAUUGUAAAAAAAAAAAAAAAA